AUGCUCAAGCGCUUCCCACGCUUCGCUAUCACACGCCUAAACACCAACAACUACUACACACCAUCAACCUUCCGCUUCUCCAGCACAAUGUCCAAGGACGAACAACAGCCUGCUCAGCAAGAGAGCAAGGAUAACAAGAACCCGCUACCUCUACCGGCCCCCGAAGAUGCUGCCAAUGAUGGCCCGACUCAGCUGCGCGUUGGAGAAUCCGUCGCGCUGGAUGCCAUGGGUCCCCUUGUAGUGAACAGAGAUGGAACGAUGGGCAGGAUUGGGAAUUGGGCGGGGAUGACGGAGCAUGAGAAGGCACAGACGUUGAGAUUGUUGGGAAAGAGGAAUAAGGAACGCAUGGAUGUUUUGAAAGAAAAGAAGGCAGCUGAGGAGGCGGAGCAACAGAAGUGA